CUGCGGAGGAAGUAGACUGCUGGUAAGAACGUGUUUAAAAGUUCAUUUAUUUCCGCGCUGUUCCCCUGCUGUCACAGAGAGAGCUGUAGAAGUCUGAAACGGUGACUCAACAAAAACAUUUUCUCAGGUGAAACUCCUGAGCUUCUCUUGGCCUGAUGGAUGCAGAGGUGACUCUGCUGGAUGAUGAUGUGGACGGCUCCUGGGUGCUGCUGUCCUGGCUCGCGUCCUGCCUUAUGGUGUUUGGAGGGUCUGUGCCUUAUGUGCCGCAGUACCAGGAGAUCCAGAGGAGCAGCAACACUGAAGGUUUCUCCACCAGAGUCUGCUUGGUGCUGCUCAUCGCCAACAUACUGCGCAUCUUCUUCUGGAUAGGGAAGCAGUUUGAAUUCACGCUGCUGCUUCAGAGCAUCGUCAUGAUCCUCACCAUGUUUGCUAUGCUGCAUCUCUGCUGUGCGGUCCAAAACAACAACCGAGUCAGCACCAAGAAACACAGACUUUCAGAAUUGGACUUGCAUUACUUCUGGAAGUGGAGUGCUUUUGAGGACUACCUGCUCUUCUGUUUCGGCUUCACUGUGCUGUGUUUCGUGGUCACCCUGCUGUUGCUGGACUCAGCUGUGUACAUAGAGACCCUGGGUUCUCUGGCUCUGCUCUUUGAGGCCAUACUGGGCCUCCCACAGAUGCUGCAAAACUUCCACAACCUCUCCACCAAAGGAAUGAGCGUGAAGAUGGUGCUGCUGUGGACGGCCGGUGACAUCUUCAAGACUACCUACUUUGUGAUCAACGAAAGCCCGACACAGUUCUGGGUGUGUGGCUCGGUCCAGAUCGUAAUCGACGUGGCCAUCCUUCUCCAGGUCCUGUUCUACAGCCAAGACACACGCGUCAAGCUCGGCUGAACGCUUGUUGCUAAUGUGCAAUGUGAAAAGCAGGCAUGUGUGGAAAUGACAGUUACAGUGAAGAUAUGUUGAUGUUUAGCAUCUAAACACACUCAAAACCUUUGUUAUUUGUUCACGGUUGAUUCAUAUUCACUUUCAUACAUAUUAUUGAAAAAUUUGCAGCUGCCUUCAUGUGUAAGUUAGCUAAUGAUUGUAGCACUGAACAUAGACUGAUUAACCUCAUUCAACCACUGAUGGCAAAAUGACUUUGCUGUGAAGUGUUUGUUUUAUCACAAACAUCAGCACUGAGGAGCUUCUUUUUUUUUUCUCAGUAUUUUUAGCCUCACCGCGAAGUGCCUGCUAAUGGCCAGAUCUGUUUGUCUGUCCGCGGCUAUAUCUUGAAAGUGCAAAGAGCAAACUCAAUCAAACCCGGUGGAUGAACACAGUGAACUAUUCUCUCACAUCACAGGUCAAGUCAUGGUCAUAGGUCAAAGGCCAGUUUCAAAUAAUGUACUGUCAUCAUGUAUUGUCUGUGAUGGCAUGUUAAAAAAUGCAAAAAGCAAAUUUGGUUUGAUGUGGUGGAUUAAUUGUGGGCUGCCCUCGUCCACCGUAGGGCAAUGCAAGACCAUAGGUCAAAGGACAAGGUCAAAUCAGAGCUGCUCAUGGUGUUGUCCAUUCAGCUGCUCCUGUUUUUUCUUUUUUUUUUAGGGGUUGCCACAGCGGAUACAGCCAGAUCCAAAUUGGUGUUUGGCACAAGUUUCACACCAGAUGCCUUACCUGACACAACUCCAGUCUUACCUGGAGAAAAACACACAGCCACUGGUGUUCUGAAGAGGUCUGCCAGCCAUGUACUAACCAGGUCUUGCACUGCUUAGUUUCUCAGAUCUGACGGGAUCAGGCUGACACAGAGCAGACUGGAUGCCCAGAGCUGCUCUUGUACUGCCUGAGAUUUCUUCAAAAUGCAAAUUCAGCUCAAAGAGGCGGAUAGACUGCGGACUGUCCUCUCACAACACAUCUCAUGAUGAAGUCAUAGGUCAAAGGUCAAGGUCAAAUUAGUGGUCAUUGUUUAAAAUGUCUUCAGGACCAUAUGUCAGAUCAGAUGUUGUGACAUGGUUUUCUACGUAGUCUUACGGCCUCAAAGAGGUUGCUAAGUGGAUAAGGAGCUGACCUACCGGUAUGUAGACCUGGGUUCAAACCCUGCUCCUGCUGCCUGUCUGUGUCCUUGGACAAAACACUUAAUCUACAGUGUCUCAGUCACCCCAGCUAUAAAUGGGUACUGGGGAAGUAACCUGUGUUGGACUGGCGUCCUGUCCAGGGGGGGUUCGUAGACUCUCAACCUCUUGACGCAGCAGAAUCUGGAGAAACACAGUGUAAGACUUACUUCUUCUUAUGGUCAUUUGGGGCUAACAAAUUUACCAGCCCUCUGACAUCAAUGACAUCAAGCGAAGUCAAAAAAAAUUUAGCUGGCAGUGGCAAGGCCCUGGAGCACUACAUCAGUGUUGGUCCAGCCGUGGACACGCUAACAUUACUCACCAACAGCAGAUGGACCAACCAGUCCAGUAUCAGUAUCGCUGCACUGGACUCUGCUGCCUCACUAAUGACACUCUCACUUCACACUCCACACCUCAGUGGAUCCUUCUCAUGAUAUAUGUUUUGGCACAGUCAAUUUCAGCUGCAUAGUUGAAAUUGAUUUUGGCCGUUGGCAAUCAGCGUGUCAGUCAGGAGGCGGGCAGAGAACAUUCACUCAGUAACUACACUGACCUCGGCCAUCCAUCUCUGUGUCUGACUCCACUCUGUGCUUUCACUGUCAGGCAAAUGCGUCAGGCACAACAAAUCACAAAAUAAUUUGUAGACAACAUACAAUAUCCCUUAAUGUUGGAUGGUGCAUUUUGGUUUCAGUGCAAAUGCAAUGAAAGGGCUGAGAACUCAUCUUAUUUUUGGACA